AUGGAUUCUUCCAUAGAUUCUCAUUCUCUGUUGCAGCCAUCAUGCGAAGUCAAACGCAAACGCUCAAUCACUACUAUGAACGAUCUACCCGAUGGUGUAUUGAUGGAAAUUCUGGUUCUUCUGUCGUUACCAUCUGUGGUGUUACGUUGCAAGUGGGUAUCAAAACGCUGGUUUUCUCUAAUCUCCACUCCUCAUUUUGCUCGACGCUUUGUUACACAACACCCACAUGUACACCACCCCUUAAGCCUGAUCUUCUACUACCCUGAUUGCUGCUCAAACCGACGUCUCCUCGUAACAACUAAUUCUGAGACUGAGACUGAAUCUGAAUUGGAAUUAAAACCUCUGGCUGCUUAUCUACACAAUAUAUGUGAUCCUAAUACUAGUUCGCUUCGAGCUUCUUGUAAUGACUUGCUGUUAUGGUGCGACAGAGCUGAACAAGUGGUGCAGCAUUGUCCUCCAAUCACCAUGGUCUUUUACUCUAUCAUCAAUCCAUUCACUAGGCAAUGUCUCGAACUCCCUCCGCGUCUAGUUCCUCAUCUUCAUAGUCGUUCAUUGGGCCUACGGGUUGGGAUCAUCUGCAGCUAUGACUACAAUAAUGAUAACCAACUCAGUUCUAGUUUCAGGGUAGUGCUCAUUCCUUGGUCAAGAACCAAGUUUACCACACAAUUUAAUGUACACAUUUUCUCUUCCGACACCGGAGAAUGGAGUGACUCUGUGGUUUUGUGUCCUCCCAACCUGGACGGAUUUAAAUUGUCUCUCACCCCUUUACCCACUAUCCCUUAUAAAGGUUUUCUUUUUUGGUCCAUUGAUGGUGCCCGUCUUUUCGGGUUUGAUCCUUACAACAGCACAUGUUGCUGUGUGAUUGAGAAGCCUGUACAAUUGGAGCAAUUCCAAGAAAUUGAUUGCCUUGGACUGUGUCGCGGCUGCCUGAGGAUAUCUCAGGUCUCAAAGUACCCUUAUCGUAAUGAGCAUCCCUGUUUACGCGUUUGGGAACUCAUAGACUUUGACAAAGAUGGUAAUAAUAAUGGAGGCGGAGCAGGAGGCAAAUGGUGUUUGAAGCACGAGCUGUAUUUCAACCAAAUGGUUUCAGAAAAAUCUCCCUGGCUCGCACAAUAUCUAACCCGGAUUUUUCCUUUAGUCUCAGUGCUAGCUUUUCAUCCCAAUGAUGCGGAUAUCAUGUAUUUAACGAUUCAAUCGAAGGUUGUCUUAUGCAACUUGCAGAGCAGAACCCUGGAAGUCUUUUGUCAUGUUCCUCAGAGCGGCCUUGGUCAUCAUUUUAUUCACCAUGCCUUAACCUUUGUGCUACCAUCUUGGCCAACUCCCCUCCCUUUUACAGAAACAGGAUGGCAUUGCUGA